UGUGUCUCUGUGUGUUGUGUGUCUCUGUGUGUGUGUCUCUCUCCUCCCUCCUCCUCCGGGCGGAGCCCGGCAUGGGGGGCCCGGCUCCGGACAGGCCAGUUGAUCCGGGACCCAGGGAGGGGGUCCCCCCUCGGCCCUCCCUGCCCCCCGCCCCCCGACAUGAACCUGAACCUGCUGUAUCGCAAAACCAAGCUGGAGUGGAGGCAGCACAAGGAGGAGGAGGCCAAGAGGAGCGCAGGUAAGGAGGCCGGGCCGACGGGACCGGGAUCGGGCCCCGGGGUCCGGGUGCGGGACAUCGCCUCCCUGCGCCGCUCGCUCAGGAUGGGCUUCAUGACGAUGCCGGCCGCCUCCUCCCAGGAGCACGCCCCGCACCCCUGUCGCAGCGCCCUGGCCCCCCGCUCCCUCUCCUGCCACUCGGUGGGCAGCGUGGAUGGCGGCGCCGGAGCGGGAGGGGACGGGGACGGCGGGGCGCGGAGACCCCCGGCCAAGCCCCGCCGACACCCCACCACCAAGCUCAGCAUGGCUGGGCUCGGGCCCGAAGUCCCCCCGAGCAAGAAAGCCGGCUCUCAGAAGCCGGUCCCCGAAGGCCGAGACUGCAGCCGCAAGGUGCCCCCGCAGAAGCCCAAGCGCAGCCCCAACACCCAGCUGUCCGUCUCCUUCGACGAGUCCUGCCCGGAGGUGGCGGGCUCCCGGGCCGGCCCCGCCGCCCCUCCGCGCUCCGGCCGCGGGGGUCGUGGAGGGGCCGGGGACCCCGACCCGGCGGGCCGGGAGGAGGAGCCCGUCUACAUCGAGAUGGUGGGGGACGUGUUCCGGGGCGGCGGGCGAGGAGGAGGCGAUGGAGGCCGAGGAGGAGACGGAGGAGGGGGCGCGGGGGGCGCCCCCGGCCCGGCCCCGCCGGACUCGGACUCGGAGGAGAGCGAGGCCAUCUACGAGGAGAUGAAGUACCCGCUGACCGAGGAGGGGGCCAACGGGAGGGCCAACGGGGCCCUGCCGCCGUCGGCGGCUGCCGCCCCCUCCCCAGGCCCGGCCCCGCACCCCCUCCGCCUGCUGCAGCGUCGCCCCGCUUCCGCCCUCCAGCCCCGCAGGGACGGGGGCCUCGCCAAGACCCCGCCGUGCUGCGACAUCCCGCCGCCCUUCCCCAACCUCCUCCAACACAGGCCGCCGCUCCUCGCCUUCCCCCAGGCCAAGCCGGCCGGCCCCGCCGGCCCCGCCAGGGUCCCCGGGGACGGGGCGUCCCGCCUGCCCGUCCUCUGCCACGCCAAGGAGCCAGCCGGCUCCGGCCCCGUUCUCCAAGUGCCUGGGCGGGAGCCGGACGCCCCGCCGCCCGCUCCCGCCGUCGCCGCCCACGUGCUGCCCAUGCCGCCGUCGGGCCGGGCCCGGAGCCACUCGACGCCCUUGCCCCCGCAGGGCAAGGCCCAGCCUCGCGGGGAGCGGGACCUCCCCACCUCCCACAGCGUCAUCUGCCCCCGGGCCCCGGGGCCGGGCCCGGCGGCCGUCCCGGCGGCGGCGGCGGCGGCGGCGGCGACCCCGGGCCCGCCCCCGGACACGGCGGUGGCCUACACCAUGGUGUACUCGGCCGUCAAGGUGACUGCCCACUCGGUCCUGCCGGUUGGCCCAGAGCCCCAGGCGGAGAAGGAGAUCGCGGUGUUGCACAGCAUGCUGUGUGCCAGCGGCAGACCCCCGCCGCCCCCGCCGCCCCCGCCCCCGGGCCCCCCGGCCAAGGGAGGCCUCGCCGCCCUGCACCUCCAUCAUCAUCACCUCCUCCAUCAUCACCACCACCACCUCCUCCACCAUCACCAUCACCACCUCCACCGGCCCGGCUGCCCGGUCGCCUCCCCGCCAGGCCUCCCGGACCCUGCCGGGCCCCUGGGCGCGCCCUGGACCUACCCGGCCGGAGCGGGGUCCAAGAGACCCCCGGCCUACGAGAGCCUGAAGGCGGCCGGGGCGGGGCUGGCCAAGGGCUGCGGGACCCCGGCCCCCCUGGUGAAGAUCCAGCUGCCCGAGAGGGGCGAGGGCGCCUUCGCCAGCCUCGCCUGCGCCCACCUCCUGGCCAGGGCGGGGACCCCGGAGGACGGGGAGGAGGCGGGGGACGACGCCGACGCCGGGGAAGAGCUGGGGGCGGCGUUCGGGGCGGGCUGGGCCCUGCAGAGGAAGCUCUUGUACGGCGCCAGGAAAGCCAAGGAGCUGGACACAGAGGGGUCGGAGGGGGCCCGGGCCUGGGCCUGGGCCGGCCGCGCGGAGCCGCCGGCCAAAGCGGAGCGGGAGGACAAGGGGCUCCCGCCCUCGGCCAUCCCCGUGAGGAGCCAGGGGGCCGAGGGCCUGCUGGCCCGAAUCCACGCCGGAGGGGACCGAGCCGGCGGGGGCCGGACGGGGCUCCCCGUGCCCUGCCAGACCUUCCCUGCCUGCCACCGGAACGGAGACUUGACCGGGGGCUAUCGCCUGGGCCGCUCAGCCUCCACCUCCGGGGUCCGCCAGGCCGCCCUCCACACUCCGCGCCCCAGUCAGGCCCGGGAGUCUCCCAGCCAGAUGCACCCCGCUCUGCCCCAGCCGCUGCCCCUGCCCCUGCCCCAGCCGCCCCCGCCGGCCCGGGAGCGAGACGGGAAGCUCCUGGAGGUCAUCGAGCGCAAACGCUGCGUCUGCAAGGAGAUCAAGGCGCGACACCGUCCGGACCGGGGCCUGUGCAAGCAGGAGAGCAUGCCCAUCCUGCCCAGCUGGCGCCGUGGGCCUGAGCCCCGCAAGGCCGGGACGCCGCCCUGCCGCCGCCAGCACACCGUCCUCUGGGACACGGCCAUCUGAGCCGGGGGGGGACGGACCCCGGGGGGUGGAGGGGACCGGGCCUAGGGAGCCAGCCUGCCCUUCCCACCCCAAAGAGGCUGCCCAGAGGCCUGCAGGUCUGGGAGGGGCGAGUGAGUGGCGUCCGCACCCGCUCUCUGGACGUGGGAGGCCGGACCUUCGGGCCUGCCCGUGGUCCCCCUCGCCCCCGCUGCUGGACUUUGGGGGUACGGGGCCAUCCCAGAACCGGUGGGGUUGUUCCCCCUUGACACACACUCCCAAGCUGCAUCCCCAUCUCUCCGCCAACCCCAUCAAUGGGGGCUGUAGACCCCCUCCCACCCCCGGGUCCCCACCCUGUGGAGGCGGGAGAGGGAUGGGAGAGGUGGAUGUGAACACUGAGGGUCAGAGAGUGAGUGUGAGAGAUUGGAUUAUGGAGAGGUUGGGGGGGGGGGGCUGUAUUUAUUUAUUUAUUUACUUAUUUAUUUCGUUUAACUGAUUUUUUUUUACACCUACAACGGGGAAAUCCGAGCCCCUCCUGCCCCUCCCCACCUGGAGUUGGGGGGGAGUCGAGGGGGGCUGAAAAGGGGGACACACAGAGGGCCCACUCCCAGGCCCCACCCCAUCCACCCUGUUUCUGUAUUUCCGGGAGAGGGAGGGGGCUGGGGAGAGGGAGGGCCCCCCCAGUUUCAAGUAAUUUCCGAUUUGCUGGAAUGGGCUAGCGUAGCUGGGGGUAGGGGUUGGGCCCCCUCCGCUCUGAAACAGGAAAAUGAUGUAC